AUGGGCAAUUAUACUAAGACUGCCAUUUUAUCAGUUUAUGAUAAAACAGGUUUAUUAGACUUAGCCAAGGGAUUGGUGGAAAACAAUGUUCGUAUUUUGGCAUCCGGUGGUACAGCUAACAUGGUCAGAGAGGCUGGUUUCCCAGUGGAUGAUAUCUCUUCAAUCACACAUGCACCUGAGAUGCUAGGGGGCAGAGUAAAAACUUUGCAUCCUGCUGUUCACGCAGGGAUUCUUGCUAGAGAUUUAGAGAGCGAUGAAAAGGAUUUAAAGGAACAGCAUAUUGGCAAAGUAGAUUUUGUCGUUUGUAAUCUAUACCCGUUCAAAGAGACUGUGGCUAAGAUUGGUGCUACAGUCCAAGAAGCCGUGGAAGAAAUUGACAUUGGAGGCGUGACUUUAUUGAGAGCCGCUGCAAAGAACCACUCCAGAGUGACCAUCCUUUCAGAUCCCAACGAUUAUUCCAUCUUCCUACAGGACUUGUCCGAAGAUGGUGAGAUUUCCCAAGAUUUAAGAAAUAGAUUUGCGUUAAAGGCAUUCGAACAUACGGCCGAUUAUGAUGCAGCCAUUUCUGAUUUUUUUAGAAAGCAAUACUCCGAGGGCAAGGCCCAGUUACCACUAAGAUAUGGUUGCAAUCCUCAUCAAAGACCUGCACAAGCUUAUAUCGCUCAACAGGAGGAAUUACCUUUCAAAGUGCUUUGUGGUACACCAGGGUACAUAAACCUUUUGGAUGCCUUAAACUCAUGGCCCUUAGUGAAAGAGUUAUCGGCAUCAUUAAAUCUACCCGCCGCGGCAUCGUUCAAGCACGUUUCCCCCGCAGGCGCUGCAGUAGGGCUUCCAUUAUCCGAUGUGGAGAGGCAAGUUUAUUUUGUGAACGAUGUGGAAGAUCUGUCGCCAUUGGCAUGCGCCUACGCUAGAGCUCGUGGUGCGGACAGAAUGUCAUCGUUUGGUGAUUUCAUUGCGUUGUCCAAUAUUGUAGAUGUUGCUACAGCAAAGAUCAUUUCCAAAGAGGUUUCUGAUGGUGUUAUUGCUCCCGGAUACGAACCAGAGGCAUUAAACAUACUGUCCAAGAAGAAGAAUGGAAAAUACUGUAUUUUACAAAUCGAUCCGAACUACGUCCCUGGUCAAAUGGAAUCCCGAGAAGUUUUCGGUGUAACAUUGCAGCAAAAGAGAAAUGAUGCAAUAAUCAAUCAGUCCACUUUCAAAGAAAUCGUCUCCAAGGACAAGGCUCUUACCGAGCAAGCCGUGGUCGAUUUGACCGUCGCCACGCUAGUCUUGAAAUACACACAAUCAAAUUCCGUCUGCUAUGCCAAGAACGGUAUGGUUGUGGGACUCGGGGCCGGCCAACAAUCGCGUAUACAUUGUACCAGAUUAGCCGGCGACAAGACGGACAACUGGUGGUUGAGGCAACACCCAAAAGUUCUGCAGAUGAAAUGGGCCAAGGGAAUCAAGAGAGCGGACAAAUCCAACGCGAUCGAUCUUUUCGUUACAGGGCAAAGGAUAGAAGGUCCAGAGAAGAAGGACUACGAAAGCAAAUUUGAAGAAAUUCCUGAACCCCUCACCAAAGAGGAAAGACUGGAAUGGUUAAGCAAAUUAACUAACGUGUCGUUAUCGUCCGACGCGUUUUUCCCCUUCCCAGACAACGUUUAUAGAGCUGUGCAGUCCGGUGUGAAGUUCAUCGCGGCUCCCUCAGGGUCGGUCAUGGACAAAGUUGUCUUCCAAGCAGCGGAUUCAUUCGAUAUUGUCUACGUGGAAAACCCGAUUCGUCUAUUCCACCAUUAG